AUGGACACAGAUGUGAACAGUAACCAGCCCACAACCCCUUCGCCAUCAGAAGCACCAAAUGCAGCUUAUCCCCAAGAACCCAUCCCCAGUAGCUCCAAUCACUCCGAACAAAAUAUCAAUGAAGAGGAUGACGGACACCUUUAUAUUGAACGUGAGCCAUCUGAGCCGCCUGAGACCCGUGGCAGUCUACUAUCUGCAGAUGCUGGAAGAACUACCAACGGAGUUCAGAACCUUCUCCCAGUCCUAUAUUCAUUACAACGCACAAGCGAGAAGGUGUUGCAUCAGACCUUAAAAUUCAACGAUGUCAGAGCACCUCUAACAACCAGCUUAACGACAUUCAUGUCGUCGCUCAACAAGUUUAUGAUCGAUAUGGCCCGCGUCGUCGAGAGCACUGCUAUACCAGACGAUCUGUAUCAGGAGUUCCGUCGACUCGAUGGUGAUUUCAGCAACAUCUUGGGUAAUGACUAUCAGGAUUUUCGAACGGCCAACGAUGAAUAUGAGCAACAAGAGAAUCCCAUUGUACAAGACCUGUGGCGUUCCAGCAGGUAUUUUGAUAAUGUCCUUCAGCCAAACACGAACGAACCGGCAGUGCAGUCCAAGUCGCAUACCAUCACUCCGUCACAAGGUCCUGAAAAUGUCCUUUUGGAAGACACUCUCCAUUCUCCGGCGCUUCUACAAUUUUUCUCCCAAACAGGUGACGUUGAAGCUGUACGUGAGAAAAUCUUCGAUUUGCAUUUUGAGCAUGAACAGAUCCUGUCUGAUAAAGCAUCACGCGAAGAGCUUGGUCUCAGCCUAGACGAAGAUUCUUUGGUCUUUCUUGAAUCAUUCGACAUGUUGAAUCAGGCAUUAUCUGACGAGCUACAUGCUGCCGAAGCCACUUUAGACUCUUUGAGACGCUGGCUCACAGACGAUGAAAUUUAUACUAUUUCCGGGGGACAUCCUUUGCGCUCGCCUAGUGACGGAGAAGUGACCCUAGAAGAUGAAACCAGUCUGUUGGACCUGGAAUCACAGGCAUACCACGGAACAGACCCAUCUGAACCGGCUUACCCACAAUUGCCACGAGAGCCCAAACCCGUCUGGGGUUAUCUUGAUCCGUUGCAAACGACACCGAUCGAUCCGACAGAAUUCAUCAAUGCAUGGAUGUUGAACGAAUUGCAAAGCUCUCCUCAACGGUGGAAAGAAUUCACAUAUUCUCUCAGAGAAAAUGCACAGUGGAAAGAAUUAAUAUCCUCCCUCGGAGAAAGUGCUCGCGAACUAGAUGCCCGACGUCUUGAUCUCUUAAUCAACAUGACCUGGUUCAAAGACAUUCCUCCGAGCGAACUCGCACAGCGCCGCAGGUUCGCUGAUCAGCAGUCCAUGGAGCAGAACGAAGCUGAUUCACAUUUCAAUGUCCCACGAAGCGCCGCCAUGGUAGUCGCUGCUCCCAGAUCCUUACCGCUUCUUAAGCUGAGUUCUACUGUCACCGCGAAUGAAAUUUUGGAACGUGCGCGCCAAGCCAGGUCACUUAAAUAUUAUAGCGAUUGA